GUGAUCCUCCCCUAAUGAAGCCAUGUCUUUCUUAUUAGUUAUCAGACCCCAGAAAUUUCCCCUUCACCACUCAUUGAACAUCCCCACUCAACACAGGAACAUGAUUUUUCUGUCUACCCCUUUCAUCUAUAUAUACAAAGAAGAAAAUGUUCAUUGGCAACACCUAUCUUCACAUUCUCAAAGUACUACAGUUCUCUGAGAUCUUCCUCUUCUUCCGUUUUAGAAGCAUUCAUCUAUCAAAAAUAACAAUGGCUAUCCGCAUGCCUCGUAUCAUUAGCUCUAAGAAAGUUCCCAAGGGCUACUUUGCAGUUUACGUUGGAGAAAACCAGAAGAGGUUCGUGAUACCAGUGUCAUUCUUGAACCAGCCUUUAUUUCAAGAUUUGCUUGGCAUGUCAGAACAAGAGUUCGGAUAUAGUCAUCCUACCGGCGGUAUCACAAUUCCCUGCAAUGAAGAUAUCUUUCUCGUUGUCACCUCUCGGUUGAACUGAUUUGUGAGAGAUUUAACACAAAUCAACCCAUACAUUUUUGUAAAGCAAACAAAACUAACACUAUGUAAACACCUUUUUCCCAUCCUUUUCUGCCUUGGGGAGCAAAUACAAGUCUCCCUAAGUGGAAAGUUAGAGAUGGUUGUUAGUGUAACUUCUAUCAAUCAGUACAAAAGAUGGCAGUUCUAAACA